GUUUUGAUAUUUGAAAGCUAACUUUAAAGUUUAGUCAACAAAAAUAUUCCGUGCCUUUUUACGAAGCCUUUGCUUAUUGUAUAUUAGUUUUUUAUAUUAAAGUAUUGUAUAUCAAGAAAAAAUGAGAAUAGUUUCAACGUUGAUGUUAAUUGUUUUUGUGCAAACGACGAUUUGUUUUGAUUCGAGAAACAUAGUUUUCACAAUAGUGAGUCAAACGGAGCCGUAUCACUCGAGUGUCGCUAAUCGUCUCAAACAGGAUAUAGAGGAACAAAUAUUCCAAUUGGAGGAGCGAAAACCAAUAAUCCACGUCACUCAUAAAGACAUCCCUGUUCCUGGAGCGUGGACGAUCAUACCGCUGCUUCGACCUUUGAUAAAUAAGCAUAAGAACAGCGAUGUCCGAUGGAUUCUUUUCAUUGAACCCCAUACCGCGGUGCGCUGUGAAAAUCUCAUAAAAGCUUUAGCUGCUGCUGAUAGAAAAAAGGAAAUAAUGUGGAUAGGUUAUCCGCUGAGGGAUAGCGAACCUACUAUAAUACAUCAUUUUAAGUUUUACGAGGAGUUGGAAGAGGAGGGGGGUUUCGUGUAUCCACAUUUUGCUAGCGGUUUCGCAAUGAGACUCGAGUUAAUUGACAAGCUUAUAAACCAAAUUGAGAGCGGAGAACGUCAUCUGGAGGCAGAUUUUUCAAUAGACCCAGCAUUCGAACUGGCUCAACUAGUUUAUGGGGAAAAGGACAGCCCUGGUCCCUUGCUUACGCCGGAUCUUAGUUUCUGUGUUAUAUCUGGCGAUAGUUGCGCUACUUAUCCGCGGCAGUUUGAUAUAUGUGGAAGUCCUAUGCCUGAAGACUCUAUAUUUUUUGCGGUUAAGACUUGGAGCGGCUUUCAUUCCACUCGAGCCAGAGUUGUGAAGAAGACCUGGGGAAAAUACGUCACUCACUUACAGUUCUUUAGUGACAAGGCUGAUCCCAGCCUCCCAGCAAUUAAUACCGGCGUCCCCAAUACCAAAACUGGUCAUUGCGAGAAAACUAUGACGAUAUUAAAGCAGGCUGUCAAAAUAGUGGAGAAUUUGCCAAAAGUCAAGUGGAUAGUUUUAGCUGACGACGAUACGAUAUUGGGUAUUCAAAGACUCCGUGAAAUUCUGACAUGCUAUCGUGGCGGUUAUGACGUCACUGUCAUAGCCGAGAGAUACGGUUACGGAUACGGAAAGAAAAUAUCCGGCGGAAAAGGCUACUCGUACCCCACAGGGGGAGGUGGUACUGCUCUGUCAGUAGGCGCGGCGGUCGCUCUGUCUUCUUGCCCCUGUUCCACCCUCGACCAGCCAGACGACAUGGCGCUAGGAGCGUGCGCCGCUAGGAGGAACAUCACCAUCACACACUCACCACUCUUCCACCAGGCUCGUCCCCAGGAUUACCCGCGGGAGGUUCUAGCCCGGGACCGACCCGCGUCCUUCCACCGUCUCUCGGCUCCGCCGGGGCGGGUCUACAGCACGUGGUUCCAGAGAGACGACCUCGCUAUACGAGGGACAGGGAGAGACGAGCUGUAGACCAUACCAAGUAGAGCUCAUGAUGAUGAUCAAGGAAGAGGAUGUAGAUCUUUAUAUUCGGGAUUAUAUUCCAAGAAGUUCUAGCAUGGAGACAAAAUUGCUGAAGUCUAUAUAUACUGUGGCUCGAAUGGUUCAAUGGUGGCUUCAAUGUUGUUUAUAGGACUUUGUAUUUUAUUAUAUGGUCGUAAUUUUUUUUCUGUUCGCAACACUUUAAAUCAAUUUUUUUUAAAUAUUAUUAAUUAUGUUCCAUGGCUUGUAUUUUUAUCGGGUAGUUAUAAAUAAGUAUUUUUUUUUUACAGUCAUCGCGUGUGUUAUCUGUGCCAGUCCAACUGUACAUAUCAUUUGAUAUUAUUAAAUAAAUUUUAUUAUUUUUUUAUAAA